AUGGUCGUGGCUUAUCUCCCCCAGCUCGAACAUGAGGAUCAUCCGUACCUGGAGCCCGCCACUCACCCCUUUGCGGGUCGAAUCGGCGGAAACCAGGACUUUAUCGUCGACCGGAACGAUCCGAAGAAUGUGGAAGUGCUGAAGGAGGUACCCGAUGCGGCACCACGCAUGACAUUGGCCGAGAUCUUCGAUCUGCAAGGCUUCCGAAGCCCAGAUCUAUGGAAGUUCGCCAUGCUAGAAUGCGUCGCAAGCAUGAUGAACGUCUUCCUCUCUAGCUGGGUAACAACACACCCAGCAGCACCGACAACCUCGCCCAAAACCGAAGCAGGCGUCUACCACACCGUGACCUUCUUCUCGCCUCUCUUCGGCGGAAUAACAAACCUGCUCCUCACCCCGCUGCUUAUCUAUACUUUCUCCCCGUCCAGUGGAGGCCAUAUCAGCCCGACGAUCACGCUAGCCACUUUCUUCGCGCGGAUCAUCUCCUUCCCCCGCAUGGUGCUCUAUCUGGCCGGCCAGACUUUGGGUGGAGCGUUGGCUGGCUUUGCCCUGCACAGUGCAUAUGGGACUCGGGAGUUCACUGUUGGGGGAUGCCAUAUUGAUACCAGUAUGGUUGAUCCCAAUGAUGGGCUGGUUAUUGAGUUCUUUGCGUGUUUGAUUGUGAUCUUCCUUGCGUUUGGCGUGGCGCUUGAUCCUAGACAGGCUAAUGUCUUUGGACAUGCUACUGCGCCUUGGUUUGUUGGCAUUGUGCUUGGUGUUGUUAGUUGGGGUACGGCGUUUACUCGUGAGGGUUAUAUUGGUGCUAGUAGGCCGCUUCCUACCCCCUGUAAUCUUGCCGGUAUGGGGAUGUUAACCCACUUUUCUGCAGGUCUCAACCCGGCCCGGUGCUUCGGGGCUUAUGUCGCGUCUAGUUUCCCCAGCUAUCACUGGAUCCACUGGAUUGGACCACUGGCGGCUUCCGUCGGCCACGGCGUUGUUUACUACGUGGACCCACUUUGGACUGAAAAGCGGAGUUUGCCGUGA